GAGCCGCUGUAUAAGUAUCCAGAAUGCCGGUUGACGAAGAAGGGAAGAGAAUACAUCGGUAAGGUGAAUAAGACGGAAUCAGGAAAGGAGUGCCUGAGAUGGGACACUCAACCCUAUGGUACACCCGAUGAUUUUCUCAAAAACGUCACGUAUUCCAAGCACUUUUCCAACAUUGAUACAUGGUCUCACCACAACUACUGCCGCAACCCAUCCGGAAAGGAGAGGCCAUGGUGCUUCGUCAAGGACGAUGAAGUCCAAUGGGAACAUUCGUACCCAGAGUGCAAGAAGACGGAGAAGGGAAAGGAAUACAGUGGCAAAAUGAACAAGACGGAGACUGGAAAGGACUGCCUUCGUUGGGAUCAAAAGCCGUAUAGGAACCCCAAUGAUUUUUCACCCCUAAUUCUCUACGAGGAGCAUUUCCUCAACGAGGACGUGGAAGCAUCAGAAAACUAUUGCAGGAAUCCAGCAUUGAGGGAAAGGCCUUGGUGUUUCAUCUCGGACCCCAACGUCAUUUGGGAAUUCUGCGACAUUCCC